AUGGAGCAGUUGAGCGGGACUGUGAGGCAGUCCGCAGACUCAGCGCGGGAGGCGGACACUUUAGCUUCUUCAGCUGCGGAGGUCGCGGCCAGAGGCGGGCGGGUGGUUUCAGAAGUCGUCGCAACAAUGCAGGAAAUCGCACAUUCUUCUCAGCGCAUUGCAGACAUCACAGGAGUCAUUGACGGGAUCGCGUUCCAGACAAACAUCCUUGCAUUGAAUGCGGCUGUUGAAGCUGCGCGUGCGGGAGAGCAGGGGCGUGGUUUCGCGGUGGUCGCCAGCGAAGUGAGGAGCCUGGCGGGUCGCUCUGCUGAGGCUGCAAAGGAAAUCAAGUUACUGAUCGGGACCAGCGUUGAGAGGGUCAAGGCUGGGUCCAAGCUUGUGAGCGACGCGGGUCAGACCAUGACUGAGAUCGUUGUCUCGGUGAAACGUGUCUCGGACAUCGUUGCCGCCAUCACUGCUUCGGCUGCUGAUCAGGCCAUUGGUAUUGAGCAGAUCAGCGCCUCAGUGUCUCAACUCGAUCAAAUGACACAGCAAAACUCUGCGUUGGUCGAAGAGUCUGCGGCAGCAGCCGAGAGUUUGAAGGAGCAGGCGCAUCGGAUGGCUGAUGUGGUCAGCACAUUCAAGCUGGUCUGA